CAAAUGCUGAAUGCGGAAAUAAAAACAUGAUAAUUUUAUCAAAUACACACAAAUAAAAGCAUCACCAGGGGGUUUGAUUGGUCCUACAACUAGAGACUAUGGAAUCAACAAUGGCAUCUUCCAGUCUUCCAAAUGUUCCAGACUUACACAGAGCAGUAAUCAACAAUGAUACAGAAACUGUCAAAGAAUUGACUUCAAAGGUUCCAAGGAUAAUCAACGAAGAAUAUCAUGGUAAAACAGCCAUUUAUAGUGCAAUAACCAACGAAAAUAUCCCAAUGGUGAAGCUGUUAUUUGGCCUUGGGGUGGAUAUUAAUUCCAUAAGUUAUUGCAUAGAGUACUGCGCCAAAGAAACACCUGUUGUCACAGCCGCAAGAUGUCGUCAACCAAAAAUAGUUGAAAUUUUAUUGGCUAAAUAUAAACAAGAUGACAAUAUUGAAAGUCAGUUGCCGAAAAGUGCACUACAGUGGGCAGCAGGUAAUGGGGAUAUAGAAACUGCUCGAUUGUUGCUAAGCAAUGGUGCAGAUGUUAACUGGAUAGGAUCUUACUUUAGGACUGCUCUACAUUACGCAACUUAUAGUGACCAUGCUGAAAUGGUAAACUUAUUACUAGAUCAUGAUGCAAAUGUCACGAUUGAUGCCGAUGGUCGAUCUCCCCUGCAUGUAGCAUCAGUAAGAGGAAACCUCACAAUUGUUCAAUAUCUAACCAAGAAAAGUAUACCCCUUGAUCAAAUAGAUAACUUUGGAUUCUCCCCUCUGGAUUUAGCCUGUUUGAGGGGUCAUGUCAAGGUUGCAGAGCAUUUACUGACUCUCAAUAGAGGGUUAGAUGUUAACAGUGCUCUCAUGCAAUCGGCUGAAAAUAACCAUAUUCCAUGCAUGCAGUUAUUGCUCGAUUUUGGAGCAGAUAUUAAUUUUCGAAAUUCCAACCUUGAAACUCCACUACAUGUAGCUACAUAUCGUCAUGCUGAAUCAACUGAGUUCUUAAUAGAAAAGAAUGCUAACAUGGAUUUAAAGGACUCUAGAGAUUACACUCCUGUACAAAAUGCAGUAAUUAAGGACCGUGUUGAAGUCUUACGAAUCUUAAUCCAGCAUGGUGCACGCGUCACUGGAAUAGAACACACUAGCCAAAUUAAUAUAGCGAUGAAGCACAAAAACCCUGAAUUAAUCCAGUGGCUGAUUUAUGGUGGUUAUAAACUUCAAAUAGACCGUGGAUUAAACCAGACAUUUUUAAAGAGACAAUUGAAUAUUUUAAGUCAGACACCGUUAUCUCUUCAAACAGCAGACUUGAAAGCAGACAUUGAGUGUCACAUAUUUCUACUGGAAAGACAGAGUAACGCAUUAUCGUUGAAGGAGUUGUCACGUCUGUGUUUACGUUCUCGUCUCCAAGAAGUCCGCAAUGGAAAGAGUAUAAAAGCCGGUAUCGGGGCGUUACCUCUGCCUAAUCGUCUCAAAGACUAUGUGGCAAUCUUAAACUGCUCAAUUUAGAAUGUCAUUUGCAGUAAUAUGUUGCCUUUAUAAGAGUGGGAGUAAUCAAGUUCAAUCACCAUUCAUCUGUUGUAAAAUAUAGAAUGCAUUAUCUCCCAAAAGAUCUAGGUGAUCAAAUGGCGAAGUUAUUAAAGAAUUAAAGCGCAAAAGUGUGUACAUUUUUCGAAAUAAUAAAUAAAAAAAUGUAGACAUGAAUGUAAUGGAUGCAAA